GAGAGAGAUAGAGCGCAAUAACUUAGCUCACUGGAGGACCGCUUUAUAUACCGGAGCUAAAUUUACCAUCAUCCUGAACGUAUUUCCUCGGCUGCGCUCAAUUGGUCCAGCUACUCGGCUACCAUAGUUAUAAGCUUGGAGAACCUCCUACUACCAUUCAAACUUGCUCAUGUCUUUGAAGCGCAACUUUGGAAGAGCAACAGUUAGAUAGAACGCACUGAUUCUGGUGAAAGGUGAGCGCAAAAGGGCACUCACUUUGACAAAAACGAACGUGUCACCUUUUUAAAAAUGUUUUUAUCCGGGGUGAUUUUGCCAUCCAUCUCGACAUUUUCAAACCAAACCAAAAGUUGUGAACAUGUAAGUAAGACUACAGACCUAAAAGUGUUAUGUUCAUAGCCUUCUGUUGGAGAUUCAGCUCUGUGUUGUAUGUCUAAUGCCCUAUUCCUCUUGGUUGUUGCAGAAGUGGAAAAGCGAGAUGGACAAACCCAUUUCUUCCAGCUGCUCCGUGCUUGAUAUGGUACAGAACAUGGACUGUCGCAGUAUCGGGAGAAAGGACGACGGGGACCUUUGUAAUUACUUAGAUCUGGAUUUUAUUCUGGCCAACACCACUGGCUCAGACAGCAUGGCUACCGCUGCGCUGGGAGCAGGUGUAGCGGAGUAUUACAUGUCCUCGGCGGAUCAGCCAGACAACCCGUUCACCACCGAGAGCCCCAUGCCAUCCUACCUGUCCAGUGAGCACAACUCCCCGCCUCCUACCUACAGCACCAGCCUGAUGGCGGAGCUUCUCAGGUACGAGGGGGAGAACAACUACGUAAUUGGUAUUACGCGCAACACCUCUAGCACCCAGGGAAGGUUGUAUGUCAACUCUGCGCCGUUUCCCAGACAGGACAUGUUAGAUAACAUCAAAGUGGAGCCGUCCAUGGACGGUUAUGGACCUGUUAUGGGCAUGGUUCCCCAGAGUUGUCCAAAAAUCAAGCAAGAGGGCAACGUGUCGUGCAUGAUGUCCUUCGAGCAGCCGAAAGUAGCCAUCUCCCCGCCGGCAGCCAGCAACAUGACGCCGCCGCUCAGCCCCAACGAUCAGGGGAGCUCCGAGUGCCACCAGCAGCCCCCGAUGUGUCACUCCAUGAGCUUCCCACAGAACUACCACUCCUCAGCGGCGUACCCACACCACCACCCCGGGGCGGCUCAAGCCACCCAGAUGCAGCUUGGACCAUACCAAGGCGCUCACCAGUUCGGCGUGUACGAGGAGGGACUCAGCAUGCAGCCGAACACACAGAGGGUACUGCUGACGCCCCCGUCCUCUCCGCUGGAGCUGCUGGAGACCAAACCAAAGAGAGGUCGCCGCAACUGGCCACGGAAGCGCACGGCGACGCACACCUGCACAUUCGCUGGGUGCGGAAAGACCUACACCAAGAGCUCGCAUCUGAAGGCGCAUCACAGAACGCACACUGGUAAGAUAGAUAUCUUUGUUUGUUUUUUUAGCACAUUAUGCACCAUAACAUGUAACAUUACACACUAUUACGCGUGACCGUAUAAUAUUACAGGGCCAUAUUAUUGGUGAAUAAAUGUAGGCCUAGUUGCUUGUUUAUACUCAAGAGAGCUUAUGCUGAUGUUUCUUUUGUUCUGUCUCCUCAGGUGAAAAGCCAUACCAUUGCAGCUGGGAAGGUUGCGGCUGGAAAUUCGCUCGCUCCGACGAACUGACCCGCCAUUUCCGCAAACAUACCGGUCACCGGCCCUUCCAGUGCCACCUGUGUGAUCGCGCCUUCUCCCGGUCCGACCACCUCGCGCUUCACAUGAAGAGACAUAUGUGA